GGAUAAUGUUUCAGGACAUAACGACAUUGUUGUUGGAUCAUAAGGUUUUUAAGGACACAAUUGACAUUUUUGUUGAUCGUUACAAAGACAUGGGAAUUUCCAUUGUUGCCGGAGUGGAAGCUAGGGGAUUCUUUUUUGGUCCCUCAAUAGCAUUAGCCAUUGGUUCAAAGUUUGUUCCUUUGCGCAAACCUCGAAAGCUACCAGGUGAAGUAAUUUCAGAAAAAUAUGAUCUAGAAUAUGGAAGUGAUUGUUUGAAGAUGCAUGUUGGUGCUGUGAAACAUGGUGAGAAAGCCAUUGUUAUUGAUGAUUUGGUGGCUACAGGUGGAACUCUGUCUGCAGCAAUUACUCUCCUAGAACGUGGUGGUGCUGAAGUAGUGGAAUGUGCUUGUAUCAUUGGUCUGUCUCAUUUUAAGGAUGAUUGCAGCGUGAAUGGCAAACCACUUUAUUUCCUUGUGGAACCGCGUCUUCAAUAAGAUUUUUGUUUCCGAG